AUGAAGUUUCGGAAAGUUUUCCGGUUAGCAAUAAUUUUGGGUACAAUGAAUAAAGAUAGAAUUCAGGUAGCAAUGAUUUGGAUGCUCGAAAUUAGUUUUAAUCGUUCAAUGUCACAACGAUAUAAUUAUACUAUCAAAGCUUUAGAAGGGCGACAAUUUAUUCAGCGUAAUUUCGUAACACUUCCUGAAAAAGGUUCCAAAUAUAGCAAUCGGGCAAUUAGUUUAAAUGAACGAUUUUCAGUCAUCGAAAGAGGAUAUAUUCUUGUGCCAGAUUUGAAAAAUAUAAAAAGGGAUUUCCAAAAGAACGUACGUUUGAUAUCGCGUGUACCAGUAACACAGGAUGAACAAAAGCAACAGAAAACCUCAAGUAUUGCCACAAAAACAAAGAAGAAGUAA